AACAUCAAAUAAAAGGAAUGUUUAAUUACUUAUUUAAAUAAAUCAAAUAAAAGCUUCCCCUUGCCCUAAUUGAAAAUACCCUCCGCCAUCUCCUUCUCCCCUUUCAUCGAUUCUGCAACGAAUUAACAGGUUUUGACGAUACAACUGCUCGUGUCUUUCUAUCGGAAGGCGAAAAUUUCGAGCUGGUGGCCCAAUUUUGGUUUCAGUUAUUCCAGCUAAAUAGCUAUGGCCGAGAAGAAAGUUAUAGUGAUUUGUCAGUCAGGAGGUAAAUUCGAGACCAAUGCAGCAGGCGAACUAUCUUAUGAAGGUGGUGAUGCACAUGCCAUGGAAGUUGACGAUAAAAUGAAGUUCAAAGAUUUCAAGUCGGAGGUAGCAGAGAUGUUUAAUUACAACCUUGCAACCAUGUCGAUGAAGUAUUUCCUCCCUGGAAACAGGAAGAACCUGAUCAGCAUUUCAAAUGACAAAGACCUCAAGCGGAUGAUCAAAUUCCAUCACGACUGUGACACAGCAAUGAUAUAUGCUACAACUGAAGAAAUCAUUGCCAUUGAUGCGUCCUACAUGCCCGGCAGUAGGUCGAGUCGGACAACAUUUUCUGAAGCUGAGGCUCCUGUUGAUGCUUCUGCGAAUAUCAUGAACAAUAUUGUGGUCGACAUAAGCGAACCUGGUCUUCUUAUAGAUGCAUCAUUCGAUUUGGUCAGUGAUACCAACCAUGACAAAGUGGGAACUGAUGUACCGGCUGAGAUGUCUAUACCUAAUGAAAUGCCUAUUCCGGUUUCUUUUGUCAGCUCCUACGACGAAAAACACACUAAAGCUGCGCAGCAGUGGCAGAACAGUAUUACCAGCGUCGGCCAGAGGUUCAACAGCGUACAUGAAUUUCGUGAGGCUUUGCGCAAAUAUGCUAUCGCUCAUCAGUUUGCGUUUAAGUACAAAAAGAACGACAGCGACCGCGUUACUGUAAAAUGCAAAGCAGAGGGAUGUCCGUGGAGAAUUCAUGCAUCAAGGUUGUCGACCACGGCACUUUUCUGCAUUAAGAAAAUGAAUCCGACGCAUACAUGUGAAGGUUCUGUGGGAACAAAUGGUUGUAAGGCAACAAGAAGCUGGAUUGCUAGUGUCGUAAAGGAAAAACUUGCCAUUUACCCAAACUAUAAGCCGAAGGACAUUGUUGAUGACAUCAAACGGGAAUACGGAAUUCAGCUAAACUACUUUCAGGCUUGGCGAGGCAAAGAGAUUGCCAGAGAGCAGCUUCAAGGUUCGUACAGGGAGGCGUAUAGUCAGUUACCGUUUUUCUGUAACAAGAUAAUGGAUACAAAUCCCGGAAGCCGAGCCAGUUUCACCACUAAAGAAGACUCGAGCUUUCAGCGCCUGUUUGUCUCUUUCCAUGCUUCUCUGUACGGCUUCGAGCAUGGCUGCCGUCCCCUGCUUUUCCUUGAUAGCCUUUUUUUAAAGGCAAAAUAUCAAGGCUCGCUGUUGGCUGCCACUGCUGCUGAUGGGAACGACGGAUUUUUUCCCGUGGCUUUUGCAGUUGUAGACGUGGAAUCGGAGGAAAAUUGGCGCUGGUUUUUGCUAGAGCUGAAAAUGGCGCUGUCGAAUUGUCGAGGAUUGACUUUUGUCGCCGAUAGAGCAAAGGGGCUGAGGGAAUCGAUUUCUGAAGUUUUUCCAGACGAGGAUGUUUAUCACGGCUUCUGCUUGGCGAAUCUCUCCGAGCAACUUCUUCAGGAUUUGAAGGGUAAUUUCUCGCCAGAAGUGAGGCGAAUUUUGGUCGACGAUCUUUGGACUGCGGCUCUCGCCCCUACACCCGAAGGCUUUCACAGGUGUAUGGAGAGCAUAAAAAAUAUAUCGGCGCACGCGCACGAUUGGAUUAUGCAAAGCGAACCUGUGCAUUGGGCGAACGCGUUUUUUCGGGGCGCAAGAUAUAACCAUUUGGCGUCGAAUUUUGGGGAGCCAUUUUACAGAUGGGUACGCGAGGCGCACGAGCUGCCGAUAACCCAGAUGGUCGACGCAAUCCGAGGUAAAAUUACGGAGCUACUCUGCUCGCGGCGUGCAGAAUCUGUUGACUGGCUGAGCCAGCUGACUCCAGUGAUGGAAGAAAAGCUCGAGAAGGAGAGCGCUAAAGCGAGGACCCUUCAAGUGUUGAUCUCGGCAGGUAAAAAAUUUGAAGUUAUCGGCGAGACUGCUGAUAUGACCGAUGUCGAUAAUUGGGACUGUACUUGCAAGGGAUGGCAGCUCACCGGGCUGCCGUGUCGCCAUGCGAUUGCUGUCAUUAGUUGUCUCGACCGCAGCAUGUACGAUUAUUGUUCGAAAUACUUCACGGUCGAAAGCUACAAAACUACGUACUCGCAGUCAAUUCUUCCUACGUCGAACAUGGGUGUUGCGGCGGCGGGGGAGAAGAGCGGUUCGGAGUUGGCGGUGACUGUGACUCCUCCGCCGACUCGUCGGCCGCGCGGCCGGCCAACGACGAAGAAAGCCGGGCCGCAAGACGGUCGGAAACGACGAAUACUGUGCAGUAGAUGCAAGGGAACAGGGCACAACAAGUCGAAUUGUAAAGAGUUUCUGGUGGAUUGCUAGGCUAAGGUGUUUUAGGGUUCUUUUAUUUUUCGAUUUUUUCUUUUUCUUUUAGGUCAAAUUUAUUAUAUGUUUAUUUUUGGGUAUUGAACAUAGAUGACUAACAACAAAUGCCGAUGGUCUAACCUUAAAUAACAAGUGAAGAAAGAAUUUUAUUCACACAAGA